CGCUGCUGGCAGCAGCAGGUGUGGACGGUCCGUCGUGUUAUUCCUUUAUUUUUGUGUGAUUGCUGUAGCUCGCAGGCCCAUGCGACACCGUGUGGUUAAACUGAAGAGGGUUCCGGUCCAGGUCUGGGUGUGAACCCUGUCUGCGUGUGGUCCACUGUCGAGAUGUCGUCGUCCGAACACGACGGAACCUUCAGUCAGCUCAAUAAGUUUGAGAAACUGUCAUGGAGGCCCCUCAACCGCGACUCAGGUCUGUAGACUAAACCCACUGCUCCGCAGGAACAAGUAGCCCGGCACAGGCAGCAAAGCCAACGGCAAACCAAAUGUUAAUGUGGGUAACGUUAGUCAACGUGUGUUUAGUCUUUGUGUUCACCGUCUCGUCUGAGUUUUGUCUGUGAGUCCGCGAUGUGCUGCAGCUCCCAGGGCACAGCGAGCUAACGUGGCUAAGGAAGCCAGCAGACGUUAGAGAGGGAAUGAACACCCAGCAGGUAUCUAAUUGUGAUGUUCUUUAGAUGGGUCAAAUAUCGGAGACUGGGGCAAGUAUUGGCUUCAUGCAGGGGACACUGGACACAUAACGGCUCCAAGAAGCGGGCACGGUGGCUUCUGGCUCGUCGCAUUUUCUCCCCUUCCUGCCCCAACCUGCGGAUCCCCAACAGGUUUCUGAGAGAAGGUGCUGAAAGACAUUGUGUACCCCAUGCCCGGAGCGGACACCGCUGUGUUGCAGACAGCACCAACCUGUAUGUGUUUGGCGGCUUCAACCCAGACUUUGAGGAGGCAGGCGGUUCAGAGAAUGAAGACUACCCUCUUUUCAGGGAGCUGUGGCGGUUUCAUUUUGCCACAGCCACCUGGCAGCAGAUCCACACAGAGGGUUACAUGCCCACAGAGCUGGCCUCUAUGUCAGCUGUUUUACAUGGCAACAACCUGCUUGUAUUUGGUGGCACUGGGAUUCCAUUUGGUGAAAACAACGGCAAUGACGUCCAUGUUUGCAAUGUUCAGUAUAAAGGAUGGAAUCUGCUCAACUGCAGAGGGAAGAAACCCAACAAGAUCUACGGACAGGCCAUGGUCAUCAUUAAUGGCUACCUCUACGUGUUUGGUGGGACUACAGGCUACCUUUACAGUACCAACCUGCACCGGCUGGACCUGACCACCAGAGAGUGGACCCACCUCAAACCCAACAAUGCACCUUCAGAUCUACCGGAGGAGAGGUACAGACACGAACUAGCUCAUGAUGGACAGAGAAUCUACAUUUUAGGAGGUGGGACUUCCUGGACAUCAUAUCCCAUGGACAAGAUUCACACAUAUAACUUGGAGACAAAUUACUGGGAGGAAAUAGCCACCAAACCCCACGAAAAAAUAGGAUAUCCUGCUGCUCGCCGUUGUCACAGCUGCGUGCAGGUCAAAGAUGAGGUGUUUAUAUGUGGGGGUUAUAACGGAGAGUUGAUUCUAUCCGACCUGUGGAAAAUCAACCUGCAGACAUUUCAGUGGACCAAGCUCCCUGCCGCUAUGCCAGAACCAGCCUAUUUUCACUGUGCUGCAGUCACUCCGGCCGGCUGCAUGUAUGUACACGGCGGUGUCGUCAACAUGUCUGGGAACAGAAGGACAGGCUCGCUGUACAAAGUGUGGUUGGUGGUGCCCAGCCUGCUGGAGCUGACCUGGGAGAAACUGCUGAAAACGUUCCCUCACUUAGAUCAGCUGUCCACGCUUCAGCUGCUCAGCAUGGGACUGACACACACACUAAUUCAGCGGCUGAAAUAGACAAAGCACAGAGACUGAAGGAAGGGGAAUGUGAUGAAACCGCACCGACUAGGAAAAGACAGCCAGGUGAUUCUGGAAAACUUUGAAUGCCUUUUUAACUUUAUUUUUAUGUAAAUGUCUACUUGUAAAAAAUGUAAUGUUUUUUCACAAAUUUCUUUGUAUGGUGUGGGUCAGAUUUGAGUUUGCAUGAAUCCUUCAGAAGUCAUGCAUCAGUGUGGACACCAGAAUCACUCUUAUGUUUUGCACAUGUUGGAUCAACUUCAUUGUGCAUCCCCCAAUUAUUUUUUUACCACACAUUGCUGUCAUAUGAGCAAGAAUCGUGUCCCAGGCAAAAUAAAUGUUGCUUCUGCUAGUGUAAUUUGAUUCAAUUCAGAGGCUGAACUCGGCUUGUUUACGCGUUGCGCACCAUUUCCAUCGUCAGUCAGACAUAGGUUAAAUCAAACAUUGCUGAGGCAAACCUACUUUUCCAUUUAGAAGUCAGCCAUCUUAUCUGAAAAGAGGCACACUGCUGAUUGUGAUUUUACAUUUCACGUUAUAACUGUGAAAUGUAAAAAGUCAAUUAUUCAAAGCCUCAAGGGUUUUCUGAUUGAAUGCUGUGAUUUUAAGUGUA